AUGGCGCCAACGAGAAGUCAGUCAAGAACCCCUGAGCCUUCUGCCCAUGAUUCGUUAACUCAGAACCUACAACAGUUGACUCAGGUCACCCAGAAGCUGAGCAACGCCAUCCUCCAUAACAACAACCGACCACCACCACCAAACGGGAACUCAGACGUAGCCCGCCAAGUCUCGAGCCAUCGCCCACCCAUCUUCGCAGGGGAAGAAGAUCCCACAACCUUUGAAGAAUGGAUCCGAGCAUUCGAUAAGAUCUUCGAGGUAGUGGAGUGCCCAGAGGGACGCCGUGUGGAACUAGCCUCGUUUUAUUUCGGACACGAGGCUGAUCUUUGGUGGGUUCACGAAGGACCUGCCUGUAGGCAAGAACCAGGAUUCAACUGGGAAUCCUUGACGGCACGAUUACGGGGACGGUUCUACCCCGCACACGUGAGGGCAGCCAUGUACGAAGAAUUCCUCCACCUGAAACAGGGAAUGACCAUGGUGAUGGAAUACCACAAACCGUUCCUUGAGCUAGCCCGUUUCGCAUCUGAAUUGGUGCCUACAGAGGCGACUAAAAUACAGAAGUUUGUGGCGGGCCUCAAUUUCGAAACUCGGAAGGCCUUGACCGUAAGUAGACCCCGAACCCUCAACGGGGCUUACACUAGCGCCGCCGACCUUUACCGAAUCCAACUUCUACAACGGGGAGUUCAAGAACAAAUCCGAAAGAGGAACAACGGAAGUGCGGAGCAACGAUAA